AUGGCGCCUGUACCGCAAGAACCCACGAUCGAGCUGGUCGCAGCGCCCGUCCCGGGCGACGCUCCGCCGGCACCAGACGCCGUUGUUAUCACCGGCAUGUCGGGCCUCCUGCCCGGCUGUCUCAACGUCCAGGAAUUUGCAGAGAAGCUGUAUAAUAAGGAGAACCUAGUGCAAAAGUACGAUCCUCGAUGGCAUUUCGAGCAUCCCGAGUUGCACGAAUACUACGGUCGGAUCCCGGGCCUGGACCGGUUCGACGCACAGUUCUUUAUGGUGCACUACCGCAUGGGCAACACGCUGGACGCCAUGGCGAGGAAAGUGCUUGAGAAUACCUACCAGGCCAUUUUUGAUGCUGGAAUUAGUCCAGCAGAAUUGAGCUCACAACGGGUGGGAGUGUAUAUCGGCGUCGGCGCUACCGAAUCAGAGAAAGGCUGCGCAUACACUGAAAUUGGCUUAGGAAUUUUAGGAUGCAACCGUGCAAUGUUAGCCAACCGUGUAUCAUACUGGCUGAAUGGGAAAGGGCCAUCAAUGGUAAUGGACGCAUCUUGCUGCAGUUCACUGUCGGUGUUUGAAAAGGCAUACAAUGACAUAACAACGGGCGUAUGUGAUGCGGCAGUCGUUGGGGCCAGCAAAGUACUUCUGCAUCCUCAUAGUAUAAUCCAUUAUCAAAGAUUAAUACCCUACAACGAAGACGGGAAAAUGAAGUGUUAUGGCGACAAUGCGGAUGGACAGUCGUGCUCUGAAGCUAUAAAUGUUUUCAUUUUACAAAAGUAUAAAGACAGCAAAAGAGUUUACGCUUCGCUUUGUUAUGCAAAAACUCAGUAUGGUGUAGUGGAGAACAAGGAAUAUAUGAACAAAUUCGGCUUCGAAAGAGAUCCCAAAUGCCUUGCAAAGUUUCUUCGAGACUUUUACACCGAAGCUGGGAUUCCACCAUCUUUAGUAGAAUAUGUGGAAGGAUUCGGCGCAGCCGUACCGGAGGCUGACAAAUCGGAGUUACAGGCAAUAGAAGAAGUAUUUUGUAAGGAUCGCUCAAACCCCUUGCUGUUGGGCAGUGUCAUGUCCAAUAUUGGUUAUACAGAAGCCGCGUCUGGAUCAUCAGCUAUAUUAAAAGUAUUACUGGCAUAUCAAAGAGGCGAGUUAGCCGCAAACCUGCAUUGCGAGUCUCCGCGACAAGACAUAGAGGCGAUUAAAGACGGUCGCAUACGCAUACCGGCUGAACAUCAGCGGUUCCGCCGGUCCUACGCCGCCGUCAACGGUCUGUCGGUCACAGGGAUCAAUGGACAUGUUCUACUUGCAGGACAUUACAGACCCAAGGAUUUUUCGCGUUAUCAAUCGGAGAUACCAUACUUGGUUGCUAUGUCGGGCCGCAUAGAAUCCGCCGUACAAAAGUUAAUUGAUAAUUUCAAAUCACAUAAAAUUGAUGCUGAGGAAAUUGCUCUGUUUCAUAAUAUUCACAAAUACCGUAUCAAUGGACACUUGGCACGAGGAUUCGGAAUAUUUUCAACAAAUGCAGAAAACGAGACCAUAGCGCUCCGUGAAAAAGCAGACUACUAUGACGACGCGCAGCGGCCACUGUGGUUCGUGUACAGCGGUAUGGGCUCUCAGUGGGUCGGCAUGGGCGCGCAGCUUAUGCGCAUACCGGUCUUCGCAGCUGCUAUCGAACGCUGCCGGAAAGUUCUCGAACCUAAAGGCGUGGAUAUCAUUCGUAUACUGACGUCUCCAGAAGAAGAUAUCUAUGAUAACAUCCUGCAUUCCUUCGUUGGAAUUGCUGCCGUUCAAAUAGGCCUUACUGAUGUUUUGACUUUGAUUGGUCUGGUUCCUGAUAAAAUUAUAGGGCACAGUGUCGGAGAACUAGGGUGUGCAUACGCCGACGGUUGUCUAACAGCUGAAGAGAUGAUUUUAGCCGCGUAUUGUAGAGGACGUGUGUCUCAGGAAACGUCUUUUAUUGUGGGCUCUAUGGCUGCUGUUGGUCUUGGUUACGAAAAGAUUUUAACUAUGUUACCGCCCGAGAUCGAAGUGGCGUGCCACAAUGGACCCGAGUCCAGUACCAUCUCAGGACCCGCCAUUGUAAUGCGCGAAUUCGUUGCUCAAUUGACAGCCAAAGGAAUCUUCGCGAAGGAAGUUCCAUGUUCUAACAUCGCGUACCAUUCACGAUAUAUUGCUAAAGCAGGUCCUGGGCUUUUGAAUUACCUGAAUGAGACCAUAAAAACCCCCAAACUCCGAAGUGAACGUUGGGUUUCCACAUCGGUACCACAAAACAGAUGGCAUGAAGAUGUUGCCAAGUAUUCUUCAGCAGAAUAUCACACGAACAACUUACUGAGUCCAGUGUUGUUUGAAGAGACUGCUCGCUUAAUACCAAACAAUGCCGUGGUGGUGGAAAUUGCUCCUCAUGGACUUUUACAAGCGAUCCUCAAGAGAUCUUUACCGGUCAGCUGUAAACAUAUACCUCUGACGCAACGAAGACACUCUAAUAACAUUUUGUUUCUUCUUGAAGCUAUCGGAAAUUUGUAUAUGAAUGGUUAUAACGCCAACAUUGCGGCUUUAUACCCUCAAGUAGAAUUUCCGGUGUCGACAGAAACUCCCUCUCUAUCUCAUUUGAUAGAAUGGGUAUAUGCUGAUCAUUGGAAAUUGUGUCUUUUUGUUCCUGUGGAUCGUGCAUAUUCAUCAGUAUAUAAACCUAUAAUCACGACUUACGAUGAUGAAUAUACCUAUCUGGCCGGACAUGUCAUUGAGGGAACUAGAUCAUUCCCGUUUGCUGCAGCUCUGGUGUUAGUUUGGGACACUUUAUCAAUGUCCUUGUCCAAGCCACGACGUUCCCUUCCAGUGAAACUGAGCAACAUACAUUUACAUGUACAACCGUGUUUAACAGAUGUAGAAGCUCUGCAUUUAACUGUGACUUUGCAGAAAGGUACUGGGCGCUUUGAGGUCUUUUAUGACUACGGUUUGAUUGCAGAAGGGUAUAUCGUUGCUCUUGCCCAUACAGUCAUUAAUUUAGAAUUAACUGAAAAAGAUUCUUUGACAUUAACAUCACAUGACGUUUAUAAGUUACUUCACGAAAAAGGAUAUGACUACAAGUGUGACGGCAUCAAAAUGGAAAAAAUUACGUACAUGGAUAAACCAUACAUCAUGCGGCAGGCUGCUGACCUUAAAGCAUUACAAUUCUUUCCAUUCUUUCUGCAAGAAGAUGCCGAUAUCUUUACAACAUUAUACAUUUUUAUGCAAAUUAUCAAGGAAAAUUUGUAUGAUAAGACUAUAAACAUAUUGGAUAUAGUUUGGAACAAACCAUCAAUAAUUGAUUCUAUUCAAGAUUUACUAAUCGGUCCUCCGGAAAUAAAACAUGAAUUGACGCGAGUGCAGAAAACUGAAAUAUUAUCAGCAAAAAAAAUUAGUCAAAAACCCGAUGUUCUAAUACUAAACGAUCUUCUUUCGGAUAGACAAGGCCAGUGGGGCGGAGAAUACUACAUUCCUUUGCCAGCAAAUGUUACUUCAAAGCAAACAGUAGCAUUAGGGAGUACAAAAAUCGGCAGACUAGAUUCUCUAAAUUGGGUGGAUGUUCCUGAAGUUAGCGGGGGAGUUUCAGUCAAGGUGUAUUAUGCAGCAGUCAAUACUUAUGAUGUCAAAAGGGCUCGAGCAGAAAUUCCUCUUAGUAAUGAAAAUGAUGGAUAUGGACUUGACUUCAGUGGAAUAACAAACAGGGGAGAACGUGUUUUUGGAAUAGCGCGGGAUGGAUCUAUACGCAAUCAAGUGACCGCUCAGCUGGAAUUAUUAUGGCCGGUACCCGAUCAUUGGGGUUUAGAAGACGCAGCUACAGUUCCCUUGCCUUAUCUGCAAGCUUUUUAUUGCCUUACUAUGAAAACGGAAAUACGCGAAGGAAUGCGGGUGUUGAUACACGGCGGUGCAGGCGCACUCGGACAGGCAGCUAUCUCCAUAGCUCUAGCCAAACGUUGUGAGGUCUUCACGACCGUAAGUGAUAUUAGCAAAAAAAAGUUUUUGAAACAGCUGUUCCCAGAGCUCAAAGCAAGUCAUAUCGGGAAUUCUCGAGAUGGUUCUUUCUCUGAUAUGAUUUUAAAUGCAACUGGUGGAAGAGGUUGUCAUAUUGUCAUUAACAAUUUAAAAGGACAACUCAAAAAUGCAUCUCUAAGUUGCUGCAGUUCUUUCGGGACAACUCUUGAUACUGUUCAAAUACACACACGAGAUAACUUCACUUAUGGGAUGUUUAAUAUGACCAAAGCAAGGUCAUACGUGCCGAUAGAUGUUAUGGAAAUCUUUGAAAGCCGUAAUAUGGGACAGUUGAAGAAACUGCAUUUAUUGGUGGCCAAGGGCAUAUCGGAAGGAUACGUCCGCCCGCUAUCUCGCGUUACGUAUUCGCCCCAAGAAGUAUCACGCGCCUUUAGACUGGUGGCGGCAAGCAAUCAUCGCGGCCGAGUGCUGAUUUGCAUUGCUGACGAGGAUGUUCCUGUUACUUCACUAGCGCAACCUAGACUUGUUUGCUCACACGACCACCAGCAGUUGCUAAUAAGCGAUGAAGAUGUGCUGUGCUUGCAUGUGGCGGACAGACUAAUUAGUCGCGGAGCUCAAAAGCUCCGCUUGUUAAAAAAGCUUCAAGAGCAUUUUACGGAUACCAGCAAAGAAGACCUUGGACUAGGAGCAUAUUUCAACGCAAUUGAAGCAGACGAAUUGGUGACAUCAGCAGAUUUUGUGCUUAUGACCACUCUUCUGCCGAGCCUAGGAACGAACCCAGGUGACAUCGAUACUAGCAAUCCCCACCUGUACAUAAUCCCAGGUGUCGAAGGUUACCAUAACAGGUUUAAUGUAUUGUGCGAAAGACUGAAAAUGCCAGCGGCAGUCCUUAAUCCAAGUAUCGAUGACAUGUACACCAAUGUCCCAGAAUUGGCACAAAAACUAGUUAAUAUAAUGGUGCAGAGAUUGAAAAACAAGGAAACUUUCUACUUAUUAGGGUAUGAAAUGGGAGUAUUGGUAGCUUUGGAGAUGGCAGUUAUAUUAGAAAGCUAUGGUUUAUCGGGCACCGUCUACUGCCUUGGCGGAACUCCCGAAGACAUUCAAACUGCACUGGAAAUCAAUUUAAAGGGAAUGUCAGACCAUAAACUACAGGAUACCGUUUUGCAACAUUUGACUUCUCUAAUGACAGGUCAUCGAAUUCCAGAACUUACAGAUCAAUUACAAGAGGCUAAAAAUUGGCAGAGUAAAGUAGAACUGUGUGUUAAAACGUGUCGUGGUCAAGCUCCUUACACUUCUCAAUUCAUAAGAACCUAUUUAAAAGCUGCGUACAACCGUAUCGAGUUGACCAGAAAUCAUAGAGUUAGACCACAUACGUUGCGUUCUAAAAUUGUUAUUCUACGAGCAAAUCUGCGAUAUCCUUUUAACCAGCAGUCAAUGGCAAGAUUUUCAAAACAACCUAUUUCUGUUCAUGAAAUACAAAGUAGUAUCUCGCUAGCUCCAAAGAAUUUGCAGUGCAGUACUAUCAUUAACAAAUAUUUAGACCCCGCCGCCUUGGAAGCGUUCGAAAACCGCAAUCAUUGCGAUUCGUAUACAAUAAACAAUCACCUUAAUAUGAAGUUCGUUUCACAGGCAGUUUAG